AUGAAGAUGCACGUUUCCACCACCGACACUGAUCUUCAAGUCUCUGUCCAGUACGCCCGCCACCCUGACGAGGCCGAAUCCGAUGAUCAAAUCGACAUCGUCCAAACAAUCCAAACUGGACAAAGCGCCCCUCCCCGCUCCAAAGGAAACGCUGCGGAGUCCUACAUCCACAUUCCACGUGGAGCGAAUUUGAACGAUUAUCUCCCCGUUAAGACCAAGGAUGGAAAUCGCAAGGGCUAA